CCAGAUUCAUUGAGAAAAGCAGUAACAAAUCCAAUUUUUCCAAGAUGAAAUCAUUAGCAACUUUGGUAGCAGUUUUGUCAGUUGUUUCUGCUGUUUCAGCUCGAGAUAUCUCUCGAGUUGUUGGUGGAACUGAAGCAGCUGAAGGGGCACAUCCACAUCAAGUCUCUUUAAGACGAGGAAAUUCGCAUUUCUGUGGUGGAGUUAUUCUAAAUAGCUAUUGGAUUGUUACUGCUGCUCACUGCCUUGUUUACACUUCACCAUCAUCUGUAAGUGUAGUGGUAGGCACAAACAGCCUCUCAAAAGGUGGAGAAUACUAUAAAGCUCAAGUUCUGAUGGUCCACGAGAAAUAUGACAGUUCUAAAUUCUUGAAUGAUAUUGGUCUCAUUAAAGUAUCCGAAGAAAUAGUAUUUACUGAGAAAAUUCAACCCAUUUCUCUUCCCAAAGUUGAUGAUACGUUCAAAGAAUAUCCUGUCAAAUUGUCUGGAUGGGGAUCAAUCUAUGUUGGCAGUUCACUUCCUGAUAAAUUACAGGAAAUCGAUUUGAUGGUUAUCACUCAUGAAAAAUGUUUAAACUACCAUCCAGCAUAUAUCACUAAAUCACAUGUUUGCACUUUGACCAAAGUUGGAGAAGGUGCUUGCCACGGUGACUCUGGUGGUCCACUUAGUGCUGAUGGCGUUCUUGUUGGUUUGGUUUCCUUUGGAAGACCCUGUGCUCGUGGAUUUCCCGAUGUUUAUACUCGGGUUUCAGCUUUUGUUGACUGGAUUGAAGAUACCAUGGCUAAAACUGACAUGAUAAUCAGCCAAUUGCAACAUUUUAAUAGAAGCUCAAUAAUGUUCCUUUUAAAUUCUUUAUUUUUAUUUCUUAUUGCUAUAAAUGGCAAUGAAGCAGCAAAUAUAGCACGUGUUGUUGGUGGUAGAGAUGCACCAGAGCAUAAAUAUCCUUAUCAAGUUUCUCUCAGCCGUAUGAUUUUUGGCGAAUAUGACCAUUUCUGUGGUGGGUCUAUAAUACAUAAAAAUUGGAUCCUUACUGCUGGUCAUUGCGUAGAAGGCGGUCUAGAUAAUUUUAUAAUUAAAGCUGGCAUCAACCGACUCAAUCAGCAAGGAGAUAUAUAUAAUAUCUGGUUCAGUGUUAUUCCUGAUAGUUAUGUAAACUUUUUCCAUGAUGACAUUGCUUUAAUUCGAGUACGAGAAGAUAUAGUAUUCUCAGAUUAUGUUAAGCCAAUUGCUUUAGCACGAGAUGAUCUACAAACAGACUUUACUUGGGCUAUAUUUUCUGGAUGGGGUAGUACUUAUCUGGGAGGACCAUCACCCAACAAUCUUCAAGAAAUCGAUAUGAUGAUAAUUUCCAAUGACAUUUGCAGAAAAGAAAAGACUACAAUUACUGCAAAUCAUAUUUGUACUUUGAGUAAACCACUUCAAGGCAAUUGUCAUGGCGAUUCUGGAGGACCUCUUGUAUUAAAUGGCUUUCAAGUUGGUAUUGCUUCAUAUGUCACUCCAUGUGCUGUUGGUAAUCCAGAUGCUUAUACUCGAGUCUCUAAAUAUGUUGGCUGGAUUCAUUAUAUCAUGGAAAAAUAUCAGUCACCUGUAUUUAGAAGUUCACAUUUUAACAAACUUCUAGAUGAUUAAAACAUCAUUUCAAGUAAUAUUUUGGUACUUAAGAACCAAAUGUGAUAUUCAGUAAUAAAUAAAAAAUUGUGAUGAUAAUUUAACAUUUUAGAAAAUAAAAAAUAAUUAAUGUAAAUAGAAAAUUAUGAAACAUUGCU